AUGCUGUUCUUCACCGUGUUCGAACUCGUGGCCGCGUUGCCGUAUUCAUAUUCGGAGGAUUUGGCCAGGACCGUCGCACAGCUAGGCGCACUCGCCCACUGCAGCCCCGAAGUCAUCUCGGCCUGGUCAUGCCCUCUCUGUAAGAAGCUGCCCCUCACCAACCCACAGCCCUUCGGCCUGCCCGAUUUCAAUCUAUCGGGCUACACCGGGACCAUGGGCACCCGCCUAUUCCUGCUCUUCAGAGGGACCGAACCAGAAAGCGUCAUCAAUUGGAUCGAAGACCUCACCUUCGAGAUGGUGGCAUACCCCCACUGCGAAGGGUGCAGGGUGCAUGCUGGCUUCUUUGCCAGUUUUAAGGCUCUGCGGGGACAGUACUUUGACAGGGUUCAGCAAGCAGUCUCCGCAGGUAAGGAGGUGGUGGUUGGAGGCAGGAGCAUGGGAGCAGCCCUGGCGGUGUUUGCAGUGCUGGACUUGGCCCGUACCUUUCCUGAGCAUGUGCGGGUGUCUUAUAAUAUGGGCUGCCCUCGCCUCGGCAACCAGCAAUUCGCAGACUGGGCUAGUAAACAGCUGCAAAUCUACCGACUGGUGCACUGGAACGACAUCGUGCCACACCUACCGCCACGCACCCUCAACUACCGACACAUAUCCCGCGAGGUGUUCUACGACGAGCCGAUGGCCAACUUCUCUCUGUGCAACGACAGCGGGUAG